UCACCAUGAGUCCUAACGGCGCAAACGGGGAGGCCGAGGUCGGCUCGGAUGGGCCGAGGCAAAAGGGCAAGGCGACGCCCGACACCCUUCAGGUCGGAUGCAUCGCCUUGGUCACAAAAGACGGGCACUUGCGACGCGCCGAGAUUCUCAGCAUCAAAGAAACCAAGAGCGGACGGCAGUUCUACUGCAAUUUUGACAACUUCAACAAGCGCCUGGACGAAUGGGUUCCCGUUUCUAGAAUCGACUUCGACCAGGAUGUUGAGUGGCCUAACCCGGACAAGGAUAAGCAGAAGGACACCAAGACGAAGAAGACGACAACAGUGUCCAAGAAGUCGCAGCCGUCCAAAAAGACACAGAAAAGGGUCGGGAAGAGGGAACAGUCGGUCGCAUCUGAAGGGCAGACACCACAUCCAUGGACCGAGUUUGUCGAGUCACAAAGCAAGGCAGAUGGAGAGGACAAGGCAAAUGCGAGUUUGGAGGUUGGGGCGACGCCUAAUAUUGGGCCUGAUGAGAUGGAGCUGGACGAGGACGAAACGCCGGCCAGUGCUGCUAAGAAGGAGCACACGCAGUCGUUCAGCCGAGAGCAGGAAAUUGAAAAGCUGCGGACAUCCGGCUCUAUGACGCAGAACCCAGCCGAGAUCUCGCGCAUCCGGAACAUCUCAAAGGUUGAGUUUGGGAGAUAUGUGCUCUUCCCUUGGUACUUCUCGCCGUACCCGGAGGCCUUCAGCCAGGAAGACUGCAUCUACAUCUGCGAGUUCUGCCUCAGCUACUACGGCGAUUUCAAGUCGUUUACGCGGCACCGCAUGAAGUGCACACUGCAGCACCCCCCGGGGAACGAGAUUUACCGCGACGACUUUGUAUCCUUCUUCGAAAUUGACGGAAGGCGGCAACGGACGUGGUGUCGCAAUUUGUGUCUGCUCUCGAAGAUGUUUCUCGACCACAAGACGCUGUAUUACGACGUAGACCCGUUUUUAUUCUACGUCAUGACAACGAGGGACGACCGGGGAUCGCAUCUCAUCGGUUACUUCUCCAAAGAAAAAGAGAGCGCCGACGGAUACAACGUGGCGUGUAUUCUGACCAUGCCACAGUACCAGCGAAAGGGGUACGGCCGGCUCCUGAUUCAGUUCUCGUACGAGCUUUCCAAGAUCGAGGGCAAGCUCGGGUCGCCCGAGAAACCGCUAUCGGAUUUAGGUCUGCUGAGCUACCGGCAGUACUGGUCCGAGAAUAUCAUUGACCUGCUGCUGACCAAGAGCGAGAGCGGAGAAAAAAUCACAAUCGAGGAGAUUGCCACCAGACUCGCCAUGACGACGCAAGACGUCGAGCACACACUGCAGGCGCUCAAGAUGCAGGUGUACCACAAGGGGGAGCACAAGAUUGUGAUCCCCGACAAACUCGUGGAGCAGCGGGCAAAGUCCAGGGCCAAGCAGAAGCGCCAGAUCGAUCCGCAGAGGAUCCAGUGGAAGCCGCCAGUGUUUACUGCGGCCAGCAGGACGUGGGGAUGGUAGACUGCCCUAUAAAUUUGUCAAGGUUUGGUUGCGUGUUAGGGGUGGUGUUUGGGUACGGCUGUGGUCGCUAUGCAUAAAUUACAUAUACCCACUUAGAUGAUGUACUUGGCUUAAGCGGUUGUUAUUCGCUUAGUGAAGCAAUCAAACUCGGCCCACC